AUGUUCGGCGUCGUCUUCCCCAAUCGGAGUUUCCCAAUGGACAUCUCAACCUUCGUCCAAAUCGAUACCUUCCACUGGGUUCUCGACAUGAACCACUUCGUCGGUGAAGCAUACGAUCAAAUCGGAGAGAUGUGUAUCUUCUUACUGAACAACUUCACUCUUCCACCAGAUAAAGCAUUAGCUGUCUACGUCCAAUCUCCAGGAUCCGCUUUCGUUUUCUGCGGUGCCGUAACCCUAAAUCGACCAUCGGCUGUUUUGUCUUUACAGUGGCCGGAGCCAGGAACUGCAGCGAAGAUGCAACUCACGGCGGGGGAUUCAACUCCUUUGUCUGCGAAAAUCGGAAUCUCGGUGGAGGAUGCGGCGGCGCUUCAGUCGAUGGAUGUAGCGGCGGGGAGAAGAAUCGAGCGAUUGGCGAUGAAAGUUGGAGAGAAUCUGUUCAAUUUUAUGCAGUCGUUUUGUGGUGUUGAUGGAAGUAAAUUGGUGGUUCCGAUGGAUAUUUUGGAUCGCUGGUUUAAGAAGUUUCAGGAGAAAGCAAAACGUGAUCCUGAUUUUCUCAAAAGCUUCGCUUUGUGA